AUGCUGAGGGCAUACGGGAGCGCGUUUCGCAUAACGCGACAGGUAACUGGCGUGUUCGCCAGGUAAGCUGGACGCAUUUAGACCAGAUAAUCGACAGGACAAAGAGAGAGCAUAAUAUACCAGCAUUCCCGAGAGUUCAUGACUUCUGCACACUAGCAAACAGCACAUCAAGAUUCUCUUGGAAACAAACGCACUUGACAUUGACUGAGACAUUGGACAUCGACCAGGUUUAGUGACCGGCUGCACAUAUAAACAUCGCUGUGCCUCCUUCAACGAGGGAUUUCCUAUUUAGUGGCUCGUUUGUUGAUUUCUGGAUCUGGUGUUUCCUACGAUAAACGCUGAUUACUCCAAGUUGCCUGGCCAUGCUAUGGGCUAUUUAAAGCUCGACAGCGCUGUCAGUCUUGUAUUUUUAAUGAACUGUUGCAGAGACGGUGAUCAUGCGAUCUUCAAGCAGCAAGUUGUUUCGCCGCAAAACUGAUGGUUAAUCGUUGAAGGCUUAAAUGUGCUUAAGAGCCACCAGGUCGGCGUCUGAAGUACUUUGCUUCUAUAAGACGCUAGCUUCCCUCUGAUUAAUUCUGAAGAGAGCAAGACGAGAAAACGCGCCGGAGGAACGAUUUUUCUGACAUCGAAAUUGACUUUGAAGUGGAUGGGAUAACCUGCUGUAUGCUACUUUCUUUUCAAUUAGUUAUAGGUUAUCAUUUCCCUGUAUGAUAACGGUGUGAGGAGGACUCUCUUGGCUCAGUUUGACACCAAAUACUGCUCAAGAAAACUCCCCGUUUAUAUAACAAAAUCUGGUACCGUCGGGAAAAAAACGUGGCACGUAACAAUUCUACUUGCCCAAGUGGUCAAGCUGGUAAACGCUUACAACUGAAUGAGACAAGAUUGGACACGCUGACUUAUAGUGACCAUUGUGGACAAAAACGAGAGAGACAAAUAAUAGAAGGAAAAAAAAACUGAUCGAAGUGCAUCGUUAUCUCAGCGUGAUCCAGGUUACACGCUAGACUUCAGAACAAUGAGAGUGGCAUUUGUCACCGUGAUCUAUAGACGGUAGAUACUCAAGGCGUUGGGGAGUUUUAAGAAUAUGUAGACAGCACAAUAGUAGAAAAGACUGUUAGUUUAUAUAUACAUAUAAAAAAGAAAAUAACGAGCAAACAGCAACGGUUGCUUCAUCUGGGAACUUUUCUUUGACUACUGGUGGUAUGUUUGGAGGCAUGGAUCUUCUCGGCCAUUUUUGCCUUGUGCUUGUAUUUAUUUCAUCGGAAGCCAGCGCCAGAUUCCAAACAGUGCGCCGACAUCGGUCGCUGUCAGUGGCUGAGGAGAGUGGCGGGAAUUCGUCCAUAAGUCAAGAUUCAGCUUUCCUUCCUUCCAAUGUGACAUUCUCUGAGCUCUGCCAAUUACAUUUCCGACUUCAAGGGACAUUACCUGAAUACGAUGACGGACAGAUAUAUUGUAACAGUACAUGGAACACUUUGAGUUGUUGGCCCACUACGCUGGCAGGAACGCUAGCCGUGAUACAAUGCCCACCAAAACUAGGCGACUAUCCCCUGGACGCCACGAAGAACGCCACGCGGUACUGUCACGUGAACGGUACGUGGGCGGAGAAGGCAGAGUACGCUGCCUGCGUACCAGAGCUUCCCACUCCGGACCCGGAGGACAUAGAGCAUAACUUCCCUGUCCGGCUUGUCUACUACUCUGGGUAUGGUCUGUCCAGCCUGGCACUCCUAGUGGCCCUCACCAUAUUCGUCUACUUCAGGAGUUUAAGAUGCUUACGAAAUACAAUCCACUGUCAUCUCAUGGUGUCCUUCCUGGUGCGGAAUAUUAGUUGGAUGCUAGUCAUGAACCUUUUGCUGCCUAAGAUCCACCUGGAAGAGGAGACACAGUGGCUGUGCAAGGCCAUACUGGUGGUCUGGCAUUAUGUGCAUUCCACGAAUUACUUCUGGAUGUUUGUAGAGGGUUUGUACCUCCAUCUUAUGGUGGUGUGGGCCUUCUCUGCCGACAAGGUCAAGCUGUGGGUUUACCUGCUUAUUGGUUGGGGAGCCCCUGCACCUACGUCCAUCGCAUGGGCUUUAACAAAACACCAUUUACAAAGUGACGAGAACUGCUGGGGUGCAGAGAAUUAUAACAGUCAACCCGAAGAUUAUAUUGUGACGGGACCCAUAUUAUUCGUCUUAGGGGUCAAUCUCAUAUUCCUGGGAACAAUAGUGUGGGUGCUGAUAACCAAGCUACGGGCGUCAAACAGCUUAGAAACCAGGCAUUCCAGGAAGGCCGUCAAGGCCACUCUGAUUUUAAUGCCGCUAGUCGGCGCCACGUAUAUGCUGUUCCUGUACCCACCGAGCAAUGAUCCUAUCACAACCAAAGUGUUUAGGUAUACCAAUGCCUUCUUGCAGUCCACACAGGGAUUCUUCGUUGCCUUGUUUUACUGUUUCUUUAACGGGGAGGUUCAGAAUGCUUUGAAACGAAAGUUCUCAAGAUGGCAAGACGACAGAAAUAUAAUCAACUCUACGCGGUGGACACGAACAUCAAUGGACAAAGGCGAAGCAAGGACGAGUCUCUGUGUGAACAACGACCAGCUGCUGCCUCUAAAUGAAAAACGAAAGCAAACUGAACUGAGACACAGCACAGCCCCAGAUCGAGACCGCAAUGGAAACAAAGCGAAUGGUCACGUGACCGUUACCGUGGAAAUGGAUAUCGAAAGCUCCAAACCUUUGAUUGGUGGUUCUGAGACUGUCGCUAAUCUUUGAGCUACUACCUGAUAUUGUGUAACGCUGGUUCUGCAGAACAAAACGUUGAUCGGUUCACUAGGUACAGACGGUAACAGACAUUAGAUCUACCGCCAAGUACAAAUUACUGAUUCUGCACCAAAUGGUAGAGGACAAGCCUGUGAGUUGGCGGGAAAAUGGUCAUCAAGAAGUAACUGCUACAAAUAUUUGAUUCGCCGCCAGAAAUUUUGCUACAUUAUUCAAAAUGAUGUACAAUAAGAAACGCUACUGACUGUGGUUUAGUCUUCGGGUGUGUGCAGCUGCACAUAAUCGAAAUGCGCGGUUCAGUACAAAAACACGCCUAUUACACAAGUCUCAGGAUGUUUACAUGGUUGCCACUAUUUCAAUACUCGGAGUGCAUGGUUCUGUUGUUUAACAUGUUAUGAACAGAUACAACGACGGGACUAAAGGCAAAAAUAGCGUAUAUUAGGCUACGCAAAAACGCUAAGCUUUGACAACCUGUUGUUUUUACGAAUUUAAGGUACAUAUAGUACAUUUCAAGGCUACUUAAUGUUUUUGAAAAUCAGUUUUUCUUGAUGUGAAAAGUACGUUUUGUUAUACGCUGGAAUUCGAAAAUGUGCAGACUGGACCAUAUAGUACCGGAGUUAGUGUUGUGAGUUUUGCUUUAAAUGGUUAUGAUAUCCUAUUGACAGACAAGAAAAGAAAAGUGAAACUUUGCCUUUUUGUUUUAUCCACCAACGUUGCCGUUGACCGAAGAGAUUUGAUUACAGACAGAAAAGUCAAUAUCAUUAGCAAAGUUAUUUACUCUGUAACAAGCUUACAACUCUCUCUUAAUUGAAAAAAAAUAUCUAGAACAUGGACGACCGUGAUGGCCACAAGGCACGUAUAGAAGCCAUAUUGCUUUACAUAAUUUUUAAUAUUUUUUCCCACUAUGUUCAACAGAGAUGUUUAUUUAAACAUUUGAGGUAUUGUCUAGGAUCACAAUCAACUCCGUUUCCUAGAACAAAUUUGAUUCAGCAAGUGGACCUGUUCCCAAAGAACUGUAAGAAAUUAAAGAUUUUGGAAUCGGACAAAUAAUAGUCCAGUGUCAUACGUAUUAUUAAGGAGAGCGUCAGUUUGUAAAUACCGGGGGAUAGUGGCCGAAUGUAGCCGAGAUGUAAUGUUAAAUGUUCUUGUAGUAAAAUAAAAUCUGUUCGUUAUUUAUAACACA